CAUAUAAGUUUUGCGAUAACGCCGAUCUAAUUCGAUACAGUUUGUACGGAAGGCGUAAAACUAUCUUGAUGUAUGGGGCACAGUUAUUGCCAAAGAAUUCAUAAUUUAAACAGAUGAUCACAUACAGUAAGGAACUCAUUAUGGCGGGAAAACUUUCACGAGAACAGAAGGAUCAACUUGAGGAUUGGAUUGGACAGGGCCCGAAGACCUUCCGCUUGUUGUACGCAAUUACACGAGAUGGUUGCUCGGCGGGGACCUUCCACACAAAAUGUGACAAACAAGGACCCACUGUGACUGUACUGUAUAAUCCCUCGGGGUCCGUGUACGGGGGAUACACCUCAACGGAUUGGAAUAGAAAUUUGAGUGGUUUCAGCAGUGAUGCAGCUGCAUUUUUAUUCCAACUAGCUUUCUCUGGAAAGACAACAAUGGCAAAAUUCUGCGUUAAAGAUCCUACCCAAAGUAUCUUUAAUUACCCGAGUCACGGACCCUUAUUUGGUUCAAAUAAUCUUUUCCCAUUCUACGAUUCCGUUCAAGAAUCAAAAGGUGUUUUCAAACUGAACGGAAACAACUCUUUUUCUACGUGCUAUAACAUGGAUGGAGUACCAUCGUGGGCAGAGAUUAACAACGGAAACUUGGACGUCAAUGAGCUAGAAGUGUAUCAACUUACAGAAGGAAGGGAAUCAGACGUUCAACUGGACAGAAGCUGGCGAACAGUUCCUGACCUGAACGACAAGACACUUUCUGAACUUACUACAGCAAUUCAGGGCCAAAAAACUCCAAGAAAAGCGAAAAUGGCCGGCUACAGACUGACCCUUUUUGGACUUGUUGGUUCCGGCAAGUCCAGUUACUGUAACACGAUAAUGACCGCCUUCCAGGGCCGGGUUAGUCACAGGGCCGCAUGUGGGAAAGGGGAUACAAGCGUCACAAAUACGUAUCACCCAUACACGGUGAAGACGGAGGCUUGUGGACUUCUGAGUUUCAAGCUGUGUGACACACGAGGAAUAUCAAACAAGGCAUGCCUGGAUUUGACGGAGUACAAGCACCUUGUACAAGGACAUAUGCCAGAAUAUUAUGAGUUUAAUCCCGAAGUCGAGUUAUCACUGGACGAUUCGCAUUUCGUCUUGCGGCCCAACCUUGAAGACAAGACCCACUGCGUGGUUUUUGUGCUGGACGCUUCGUCCCUUGACGGUCUGUCCGCUGAAAUACUGCAGAAGCUUCGUGCCUUGAAAAUGUUCUGUAUCAGGAAAGGCGUAUCUCAAGCAAUCCUCUUGACUCACAUUGAACUGAUAGACCCUGAACUUGGCGGGGAUUUGUCAACCGUCUUCAAGAGCGCCCAAGUUGCAGAGAGUGUUAAGAAAGCAUCAGAUCUUCUUGGACUUCCGCGAAACUCAAUCCAUCCCGUGAAGAACUAUGAAUGUGAAGUCGCCUCCGAUGAGAAGAUAAAUUGUCUGGCUCUGCUUGCUUUUCAACAAAUUCUUUAUGCUGCCGAAGAUGGAGUGGAAAAUUUGCUGAUGAAGAGAGAAUCCGCUAGUAACAAACCUGGCAGAGAACUUGUGGAGGUUUGCGGCUCCGAGUGUGUGGAUGAGUCUUCAAAGUAGAUGAACUUCGUGUGGAAAAUAAAUCCAGUGUGACUGAAACCCGGCGAUUUGACCACGCUGGUACUAUUUUCCAAGUGCCGGAAGAUUUAUACAGACUACUUGUACAAUUGAAGGACCUUUUCGUUGAUGAACACUUCAAACUAUUUAACUUUGUUAACUUGUUCCAGUGACUGAACUUUGUGUCGAAGACUUAUUCAAGUUAAAGAAUUGUAUAACUCAUUUAGAAUUGAGCAGCUCGUAGGGUAAACAUUAGCAAAAUGGCUAUUUUCAAAGAUAUGAAUACAUUUUGUAUGUGUAUAUUCUGUUUUCGUUGUCAGUGUAUAGACUUGAAAAGAAACUGUUACUGCCCGUUACUGCCUUGGACGAUUUGUCCAAGUGAUAUAAACAUUUAAAGGACAACUUGUCCAAGUGACUGGACUUUGUGUUGACGACUGAUCAAAGUUACUGAACUUUAUAGCUCAUAAAAACUAGCACUCUUUAUGACAAACGUUAUCAAGCAAUGCUAGUUAUCGAAAAUACGAAAAUGUGAAUUUUCUCUUUUGUUUUUUGUUUAUAUAUACUUAAAAUAAUGUUCCUGCCCGUACAAUGGUGAUCGCUGACGCAACAGUUAUAGCUCGAUUGUUCUUUCCACAUAACGGUGAAGCAAAAUAUUACUAAACGCACCUUCGAUGAUGAAACAAUUUA